UCAAAGUAUGCACAUGAUGGUAUAACGAUGACUAAGGAAUAAUUAAACAAACGUUAUUUCAAGGUUGCGAAGAUUUGCGGGUAUUUAAGGAAAUGUCAGUGAAUUUGAAAGGAAAUAUAAAAGUAAUUCUAAAGUGUUAAUAUUAAAAGGCAUUUGGUUUUUGGUUUAGUACAUACCUCUGUGCUCAUAUCUAACAGAAAUUAUGUUAAUUUAUCAAUAUAAUAUUGGUUAAGUAGAAAAUAUUUAAAUAAAAACUGGAAAUAUUACUGUUAAUGAAAGUUUAACGAAAUUAACUAGAAAAAUAUGUAACCACCAACGUCAAACGUCUACAUUCUAAGCUUAAAAUGUAUAUCAGGGAGCAUUAUAUACAUAUGUACAUACUUGUAAUGCUUGCUAACUCUUAGUUAAUUUUGAAUUAGAUAUAUGUGUAUAUAGGCAUAUAAAACGGAAGCAAAACGUAUUUGUUAUAUAUGUAUGUAUGUAUAAAAAACAAACACCAAAAUAUGCAUUCAUAUGUACACAUUUCAAUAUGCAUAUAUAUGUACGCAUAUUGCCUGGAUUCUCCAGAGCAAACGUGCACUAAAAGAAAAAAUUAGCCAAAAAAUCAGAAAGAACGCCAUAAAAACACUUAAGUUUAUAUUUAUAUAUGUAUCAUCAAAAUAAAAAAUUUGAAGGAAUAAUAGACAAAAAGAUUGACGUGCAAGUAUGAGCUUAAAAAAUUUCAACGAAGCAAAAAAAUUCGAUUGGAUUCCACAACAUCGUCAAUAACGCAGCCCAAGAAAAUUCUACGAUUUUACACCAACAAUUUUACCUAAAAGUUCCAUCAAGAUAUAUUUGCGCAGAAGUUCUCGCCAGUUGGCCUGUUUUUUUCAUCGUCUAGUGGAUUCGGGCAUGUUUCCAAAUAUCGCAACGCAGCAAAAAACGACGAAAACAGAAAUAAUGCUAAGUGGUGGUGGCGACCUUGCGAAAUCAUUCAAGCAAUCUGAUUGUGAAUCCAACACCACCACUACAAGCAAUCCAAAUGCGAUUACGCAGCAGAAACUGGACAAAUGGCGUAAGGACUUCUACAGCGAACCGAAGAACAUUCUUGCACAGAAUGUCUGCUCGCGUGUGGAUCCAUUUGAUGUGUGCCUGUCGCGUAAAUCACUAGAGAAUACCAAUCAUGUUUUUACCUACAAGGUGGAGACUGAAGGCAAACCCGUUACUAAUCAAAAAAGUUCCGGCCGUUGUUGGCUUUUUGCCGCGCUGAACUGCAUACGCCUGCCAUUUAUGAAGAGUUUAAAUAUCGAUGAAUUUGAGUUUUCUCAGGGCUAUCUAUUCUAUUGGGAUAAAAUCGAGCGUUGCAAUUAUUUCCUCAAUAAUAUUGUAAAGACGGCGAGGCGCAAUGAAGUGGUGGACGGACGUUUGGUGUCAUUUUUAUUGAAUGACCCAACUUCGGAUGGUGGCCAGUGGGAUAUGUUAGUUAAUUUAAUAACCAAACAUGGUUUAAUGCCAAAGAAAUGUUUCCCAGAGACUUACAGUUGUGAGGCGAGCAUGCGCAUGAAUGCCAUAUUGAAGAGCAAGCUCCGUGAAUAUGCCAAAGUCUUACGUGAUCUUUUGGCCAAAGAACCUACCGAUGAAGAAGUCUCGCAAAAGAUUGAUGAAAUGAUGGGCAGUAUCUAUAAGAUAGUUGGCAUCUGCUUAGGCAUUCCGAAUGAACGUUUCACAUGGGAGUAUUAUGAUAAAUCCAAAGCUUAUAAAUCAAUUGGACCGGUAACACCAUUGGAAUUCUAUGAAAAUUAUGUAAAACCUGUAUUCAAUGUUGAAGAUAAGGUUUGCUUAGUUAAUGAUCCACGCCCAUCCAGUUUUUAUGACCAAACAUACACAGUCGAUUGUCUUGGUAAUGUGGUGGGUGGCCGCCCAGUGCUUUACAAUAAUCAACCGGUUGAGAAAUUGCUGCAGCUGGUCGCUGAAAGUUUGAAGGCCGGUGAAGCUGUUUGGUUUGGUUGUGAAGUCAGUAAACGCUUUGCAUCAAAGCAAGGCAUUGAAGAUUUGAGUGUACAUGAUUUCAAGUUAGUUUUUGAUGUUGACAUUCAAACGCCUUUGUCGAAGGCGGAUCGUUUAAUUUUUGGCGAAUCUGCAAUGACACAUGCCAUGUUAUUUACAGCAGUAUCUGUUGAUGAAAAUGGUGAUGUAAAGAAAUUACGCGUAGAGAAUUCUUGGGGUGAAGAUCGUGGUGAAAAAGGUUAUCUGGUUAUGACCGCCGAAUGGUUUAAGGAAUUCGGUUUUGAAGUUGUAAUCGACAAAUCAUUCGUACCGCCUGAAAUUCUGAAAGUUUUCGAUAUGGAAGCAAUUGUGCUUCCCGCUUGGGACCCAAUGGGUACCUUAGCUAAAUCUACAUAAACCUGAAAUAA